AUGAGUAGUUUAUAUAUUAUUAAUUGUGUUCAUGAUAUAAGAAAUUUAGUAAUCGACAAUGUGUUUGUAUAAUAGUGUAUACUUGCAAUGGAUACGGCGGCCACUUGUAAAUAUUAUGUGACAAAGUUACUUGGUAUAAGUCUUCCGAAACCGAACUGUGAGUACGAUGUACGUUCAGCUUCAGGCGAUGUCCGUAAUCGUGAGCAAAAAUCGUUGUUCCGCGUUUUCUACAGAUCGAAUGAUCGACGUCGAAAACAAUGUCAGAGAACUAAUAUAAAAGAAUCGUAUGUUCCUUCUAUGUAUGCAGACGAAGUCGGUGCCAAAAUAGGUAAUGGUCGUGUACUGGAAGAAGACACGGUUGAGGAUAUUGAAAAGAAGUUCCAAGGAUUUCGGAACGUGUUUGAAAAAUGUAAGGUAAAGAAAAAGAAACCACGUCUGUUCAAUGUCAGUACAGGAUUGCGAUUCACACUUGUUGGUAAUUCCAUGUUGAUGGACAAUCAAAAAAAAGCAACCGAAACAGCUAGUACAGCUAUUAAUACUGAAGAAAAUACUAUUGAAGAGAACUAUGCUGAUGAGGAGGAGGAGGAUAAUGAUGUAGAAGAUGAAAACGAUAAUGAUGGAAAUAAUUAUAUAGCGGGCAAAGAUGUAGCAAUUGUGCAAAAGGAAGCAGUCGUUAAUGAUUUAAAUGAAGAUGCUUUUUCCGAGUCCAAAUGUCCAAAAGAUGUAGUAGAUAAAGUGAAUUUAUGGAUCGAUAGUUCUGUUAAGCAGACGGAUGGAUAUUCUGAUGAGGAAAGCCUAUUUGUCGACGAAGAGCUGAUGGGACUCCAAUACGAGAUUGUGACCAUGUCAACAACUCAAUAGCGAACAAAGUUAAGACGUUGAUGCCUUGAUGGCGCUGGAAAACAAUUUUAUCCCUGACAUUUUAGAACCAUAUUUAUUUUCUUACUAUGCAAUUUUUAUGACAACAAUAAAAUUGUGAAACCAAGCUCUUCAAAGUACAUCUAUGAUUAUAAAUCCAUAUAUUCUAAAUAACCUGUUGUUUCUCUGCUUUGCAUUUACAGAUAUUAUCUAUCACUUAGGUAAAAAUUGUGCCAUAGUAUUUUUAAUAUUUUUAAAUUACUUACUGCAACAUUGUGAAAUAUUUUAUUACAUUUUCGAACAUUGCCGAACGCCAACCUCGAUUUACAUCGUUAAAAAACAACAUUUUUAUCGUUAUCAUUUGAAAUGUUUUACUUUUUUUUUAACGACUGUAUUUUUAAUUCCUUAAAUUCCAUCCAACGUUAAAAGUAACAUUGACGUAAUAUUGCUGCUUAAAAUUUAAAUUUAAAACAAGUGUUGAUAAUUUUUGGUGGAAAUCGGGUGGGAGGGGCUCCAGAGGACUUAACCCCCCAAAAAAGUCCAUCAAGCCUACUCCUUUUUUUAGUUUUCUAGGAUCGAAGCCACCCGCUCACAUUGAUGUUAAGAAUGUUAGCCCCCCCCCCCCCAUGAAAUUCUAAUGGAUUUCCGCCUAUGCCUAUCCACAGUCCACACGACCAAACCUUUUUAUAAAUUAACUUAUAAAUGAGAAUGAUAAUAUGAAACAGUAUCAAUAGGGCUUUUUAGCUCCCAAUUCCCUUAAUGCACUUCCACUACUCAUAUCUCCGAUGUAUACAAUUUAUUGGACUAAGUUUCGUUAGGAAUUGAUUUUUAUUGGUAUCAUUCCAAUCAAUCUUUUAUCUUAUAAUAAUAAUUAAGAGAACGCCAGACCCACAUGUGCUGUCUCCGUCUUACAAACGCGUAACAUUAUACCAAAUUUACGCUCAGCAGUUCAAGUUUUAUGCCAUUAGCUUAAAAAUUAGAGUGAAACGACAUAUUAUGAAACUUGAUGGUAAGAACAUUAUCUAUGUUUUAUUUAAAUGAGUUAUGCGUGUAUAAUAAAUGUAAAUUAAAAAUGCUCAUAACUCACUUAAAAACUAAAUUAUCAUAAAAAAACUUCCAACGAAACACAGAUAAUGUUCUUACCAUCAAGUUUCAUAAUAGGUCGAUUCACUCUAAUCUUUAAGCUAACAUCAUAAAACGUGAAUUUCUGAGCGUAAAUUUGGUAUGUUACGCGUUUGUAAGACGGAGACAACACUCGCGGGUGUGGCGGUGCUCUUUACACUUAUUUCUUGCACUGAGGAUAACGCACUAUAUGUCUCUACGCCCAUUAAUCCUUUCUAGCUUUAACUACCAACAUUUUAAUACGAGGUCACUGCAGCACAUGACUCAUAAAUCCAUUUCUAUGUUCAAUUAAUGUCCAAACCCAUUAAUUACUUAUUAUAUGUAAUAUGGGUAGAUAUUUUACAUUUUAAAAAUAGCCCAUAUAUAAGACGUAAAUACUAUUACACUUAUGUAUACCUAUAAUAUACCUAUUACCAGCUAUAUACAGUAUAUUAUAUAGUAUUACUGUAUAACAAAAACGGAAUCUGCUCAAAAUCAUUUAUUGAAUGAUAUUAUCAUCAGUUUCAAAUUUCUAAUAGCAAUAAAUAAUAAUACACUAAAACUAUACUGUUCUGAGGUGAGCCAAAAAUAAUAUAUUUACCAGCUUACCUCUAUUUAAAAUGUUUACCAUUAUCCCCCCCCCCUAGUUUAUAACAAUACUUCCGCGGGUAGCCUUAGUAAAAUCGCAAUAACCGCACAAUUUUCCCUCUCUUUAGACUCGCUAUUUAAAUAUAAAGUUGAUAUAAUAUAUUAUAUAGGUUGUACCUAUAUUAUAAAUAUACCUAUAAGUAUUAAAUACAAAUCUGAAGAAAAAAGACAAUUAAAUAAUUAAAAUUACAACAGUAAAAUUAUUAUUAUUUUAAUAAAUUACCUAUUUAAAUUUAU